CAUUUUUUUUUUUUUUUUUUACAGCGCUUCUCUUCCUUACAGGUGAGCUGGAUUGAUGAGAGCUAUGUAGCUACCGGUAACUAGCGAGAUAGCUACUACUAACUACUGACUAAGCUAAUUAGCUGCCUGGUGAAGCUAGCUUGGAUUUACACUGAGAUGGUGCAAAACAGACCACCGCCAUGGGAUCUUGGUUAAAACGUGCCAUUUUAAGCUAAAAAGGAACAUUUUGGGAACUGCUUUUUCUGCGUCGACUUCGACCCGUAAUAUGGGGGGGCGUAACAAAACUGUGGAACAAGGUUUAGGUGGUAUGACGGGUGAGGGAGGGGCAAAGUCGGUUGGUGGAAGUAGGAAGUUUAGCAACUGAUUGUUACUGAUAUAGAACUAGACUGGAUGACAUCCGUGACUCUCAACCAGAAAGGAAGGCGAGACUAAGGCGCGACCGACUGGCACUGAAAAGAUUUCAACUUUAGAUAAUGUCGAGACCUUUUUUUAGGAGAGUUUCCGUUUUCUCCCUCAUUGAUUUCAUGACUUUAGGGGUGAACCAGGACUUGGUAUCAGACGCUGACUUGCCUUUUCAUCUUGUUUCCUGUUAGGUGUCCACCUGCGGAGCAUGCGCAACUUCAUCCAUGCAGUGCAACAGGUGGAAGAGACCAACCCGGGUCUUUCCCCUUUGGCGCUGGUCAGGGCCCUGCGCAGGACCGCCGGCCACGACGACGCCAUGACGAUCCACUUCCUGGGUGCUUCUAACAACCUCACCGACGCGAUGGAGCUGGAGACGGCCAUCCUCAACGCCUCGUCCUUCAGCUUCUUUGACAAGGCCGUCCACCACAUCGUGACGGACAGCGGCGAGGAGCGAGGCGUGGCGCUCGCCCCGGACGGCACCACCGUCGCCCUGGCGCCUUUGCUGCUGGGAAUCGAAUCCGGACUCAAAGCCAAGCAGGAAGCCACCUCGGCCGUUGCGCUCUUUCCGCUCACUUUGGGAAGGACGCUCGGGUUAUCCUUCCUCAGCCUCCAGGACAUCCCGGCAUCUCGUCGGCUGGGGCCGGACGGGUGUUGGGACAGCGUGGAACGCCCCAAGGUCUUCAAACUAUCCAGGCCCGCCACUUUGGCCACCGACGCAGUUAUUCACGGCGGUAUGGACGGCAUAAUACUGGCCACAGACAUCAUCCAACUACCCAAAUCUGAGGAGCCACAUGCUCUUAGUGAGAUCCUGAAGGAAUAUUACAGUUUUACCCUGCACGCGGGCCAGGGUCUUGAUGCCUUGUCCAAACACAUUAGUCCAAAGCGAAGGGAGCUCUCCCGAGCUAUUCUGGAACCGCUUGACCUUCGGAAGGAGGUGAUGGACACCCUCGCGCUGGUCUGGAGGUUGGAGAAGACGGAGUGGAUCGCUCUGGACACUGGAGUCAACGAGACGGUGAAGGAAGGAUUAGAGGCAUUUGUGCACAAAUACUGGGAUUGUCCUCAAAUCAUCUCCCGCUGCCAGUGGAGGGCGAAGGCUCCCAAGGGAACCCCCAUCCCGCUGUCUUUGCCCCUGGGCUUCGUCUACGUUCACCACACGUACGAGCCCUCGCAGCCCUGCCUGACCUUCGCGACGUGCUCCCGGGACAUGCGCGCCAUGCAGCGCUUCCACCAGGACGUCCGCAACUGGAGCGAUAUCGGAUACAGCUUCGUGGUGGGCUCGGACGGUUACGUCUACGAAGGCCGGGGCUGGAACCUCCUCGGGACGCACACGCGGGGACACAACAGCCUCGGCUACGGCGUGUCCGUCGUCGGCAACUACACGUCGGCUCUCCCGUCGCGUCACGCCACGGGGCUCCUGCGCCGCCGCUUGACGCGCUGCGCGGUGGGCGGAGGGCGGCUCGUGGCUGACUACGGCGUGCGGGCCCACAGGCAGAUGGUCAACUACACUUCCUGCCCCGGGGACGCCUUCUUUAACGAAAUCACGCGCUGGGACCAUUUCAGACACUGAGCCUCUGCAGUAUCUGCGUCAUAAAAAUUCACGACACCCCCCGAAGAAAAAACAUCAUCAUUUGUUAUUUCGGUUUCGUGACAUGUCAAAGUGUUCCACAAUCUGUUCUAUUGUUUUGCGCUUCCGGGCCACCGUACAAUACACAAAAAGAGGCUGCUGUUUUCCGGCGGCUUACUAAAGACAAAAGUGAAAGUAUAAAUUUGAAGCGUGAAAGUGAAAGUGCUCAAGAAUCGAUUUCAUUUUUCAAGUAUGACUUUCACUUGCCAUACUUGAAUUUUGUUCACGGAAUAUUUAGAAUAUUAUAUGGUAUUUUAUUCUACACUUCAAUGUUCUUUUGGGGGGGGGGGGAGAAUGUUAUACAACAAUAUUUUAUAAUAUAUAAUGAACUUUAUUCUGUAUGCUUAAAUGUUUGCUGCCAUACUGCAAUUCUACUUUUCCUUCCUCUCACAAGAUAAAAUUUUCCCUUUAUUUUCA